AUGCGUAAGAAACGGAGUCAAGGGAGGGGCAAAUUGGUCACUCGGACCGCAGCUCACUGGCCUCUCGCCCAAGAAAAAGGGUUCUCAUUCAUUACUUCGCAGCUCGUCGCGCGAUCGGAUUCCAUUCGAGCCCUGAGAAACCAGACGACCGACGACGACGAAAUCGAGCGCGAACUCUCCUCCGUCCGGCAGAUUCCGGUCUCCUCUCCACCUCCGACGAUGACGAAGCAGCAGGCGAACUGGUCCCCGUACGACAACAAUGGAGGAUCUUGCGUGGCGAUUGCCGGCAGGGACUACUGCGUGAUCGCGGCGGACACCCGGAUGUCGACCGGCUACAGCAUCCUCACCCGCGAUUACUCCAAAAUCUCCAAACUGUAAGCGCGCCGCCCCUUCCUUUUUCCAUCGAGUUUUUUCUGAUGCUUCUUG